ACGAUGGAGAUGAGAGUAUAAAUGACCAUGAAGAUGGUGGCAUCAAGGAGAACUACAGGGAGCAGGACAUCUACCUUCCCAUCGCCAACGUGGCUCGCAUCAUGAAAAAUGCUGUUCCACAGACUGGAAAGAUUGCRAAAGAUGCCAAAGAGUGUGUGCAGGAGUGCGUGAGCGAGUUCAUCAGUUUCAUCACAUCUGAAGCCAGCGAGCGCUGCCACCAGGAGAAGAGGAAGACCAUCAACGGGGAGGACAUUUUGUUUGCCAUGUCCACGCUGGGCUUCGACAUGUACGUGGAUCCGCUCAAGCUCUACCUGCAGAAGUUCAGAGAGGCGAUGAAAGGUGAGAAGGGAAUGCCCGGAGUGGCAGUGGGGGAAAGUCUGAGCGAGGACCUCACAGACGACAGCUUCCCAACUCCACUUCAAGCGGGGCUUAUUACAGCAGAUGGUCAGCAGCAGAACGUCAUGGUGUACACCACCUCAUAUCAACAGAUUCCCACUGUACAGCAGAUCCAGUUUUCAUGACGAGGCCUUGCACCAAGGCCAAACACAGCAGCUUCACUUGGAGCUUACGCCCACAAGAUGACCUCUGACCCUGCCACCGGGUGAAGGAUACAAGGAGUGUAGGACUGAGGAAAGCAUCCAGAGAAACCCUCAUGUACAGGGAAAUCACUACCCGUUUAGUAAAAAGUGUAGUUUCUUGUUAUGAGGUACAAAAACGUUUUGGAAUAGUCAGCUGGGAAAUUUGGAGGYUUUAUUUUAAAGACUAGUCUUCUUGUGAUUUUUUGUAAUGGAGUUUUGUUCGUGCAUUAAUGUGUUAGCUUUUAUGUACUUUUCCUUUUUCAGAUUUGGGAAGAGGGUAGAGAGGAUAAACAGGCUGUUAGGUUGCUUUAAGCCUUCGUUUGGAGUGCUUCUUAAAUGAAGAGGAGCCACAUUGUUACCAUCAUGUUAAACCAUGCAGUUCUUUUGUAUGUUGACCCAGUUUAMCUUGUGCKUUAUUGUUACAAAAAUCAUUUAAAUAAAAACUCAGACAUGAUGUUGAAAA